AACGAACAGAGACUUUACCGCAUCUACCACGAUAUCGACUGCAUCCUCGAUGCGUGGACAAACUGCGAAACGAUCGUCAGCACUCCGAUCCCGCCCUUCUACAUGUACUCCGUGUACUUGCUCUGUUAUGUCUUUGUGCUCACGUCGCCGCUCGCGUUUAUUCAUUCGUACGGCGUGGCGGUGGCGGUGCCCGUGGGCUUGCUCACGUUUGUCGUGUGCGGCAUCGUGCGCGUUUCGACUGAGAUGAUGAACCCAUUUAAAUGGAGCGCUAGUUCGCACGAGAUCAACGAGGUC